UCUCAUUCAUCAACAACAAAUUAUCAAACGCUACAAUCAAAGAAAAAUUCAAGCUCUGUAACAGUACAUCUUUUGUCUUCUUCAAACAACAAAGUCCCCAGAAAAUGUCUCUGAUUCCAAGCUUCUUCGGUGGUCGCAGGAGCAACAUCUUUGACCCAUUCUCCCUCGACCUAUGGGAUCCGUUCGAAGGCUUCCCAAUUUCAAGCACAAUCACCAACACCCCCUCCUCUUCUCGUGAAACUUCUACUUUCGUAAAUGCAAGAAUUGAUUCGAAGAAAACUCCAGAAGCUUAUAUCUUCAAAGCAGAUGUUCCGGGGAUCAAGAAAGAAAAAGUGAAAGUCGAAGUUGCAGAAGGAAGGAUAUUACAGAUAAGUGGUGAGAGAAGCAGAGAGCAAGAGGAGAAGAAUGAUCAGUGGCACGGUAUGGAGAGGAGCAACGGCAAGUUUUUGAGGAGAUUUAGGCUGCCGGAGAAUACGAAAAUAGGGGAAAUUAAGGCAGCUAUGGAGAACAGAGUGCUCACUGUGACUGUUCCGAAGGAAGAGGAGAAGAAACAUGAGGUGAAGGCGAUUGACAUCUUUGGUUGAAGAAGAAUUGCAAAUCAACUGUUGUUUGUCGAACUCCCUUUGUCAGUCAAUAAUGUUUGUUUCA